AUGGCGGGCAGACGGCUGCUAGAUGCAGCCAGACUCUUUAAUGUGUCUGGAUCAAUUGCGAAACACCACUUCAACAUUCGCGCGCAACAGUGGGAGCUGUUUACACAAACCUCAAGUCUGGCAAAGGCAGUUAAGAACCAGACAGACCGCGUCACUCUCACAGCACGAGCGGCGUAUGCUCUCUCACGGAGAGUCAACGAGACCGGACCUACCUACACACAGACGACCCGACAUGACGAGGAGCCGAUCCCCAGUCAAGAGACGGUCCAGGGCGCAGAAAGGACCGACAUACACGAGGAAGGAUUGAGUCAAGACCACCAUCGGGACCGCUCGGAUCAGAACGCUGUUGCAGAAGCUCCACCUCAAGGCGACCUGCACGUCAAUCAGGAAAAGGCACGCCGACACCCUCUACCAGACGGCACUAUUCCUCCCGAAGGCGCAGUCCUCGAUCCUUCACCGAGUCGCCAGGGUACAGAUACCUUCAACCAACGGCCGUUGACCGACGCGCCCAAGCAUCCCUUUGCCGAACAGCAGUCGCUCACCAACGGCCUGCAUCCGGCCGAGUCUGGCGCCUCCACGAUUCCUAUACCAGCUGUUCAGGACAGCAAUGCCGACCAUAAUGUCAAGAUGCAGCGCAAGGCUGAGUUCCAGAUUCCCUCGGUGUCUGGCCACUCUCAGUCUGCGUCUACACUUGGACAAGACACCUUCAGCACUAGACCUACCGAGUCAUCCGUCGAACAGUCGUCUCUACCUCGUACCAAAAUUCCAAAGUCUGCCGAAGACACCCAAGGCGGCGACGAUCAUGUCAAGGAUGGUCAGAUCAACCAAGACGUCUACUACUCGUCAGAAGGCCAUCCCAAUCAAACACCCAUCCCGCAAAAGGAGGCUAUUCCGGUGCAGAAAGAGACACCCGAGGGCAUCAACACAGACAUUUUCCACAGUCCCAGGGUCGCCUCGCUAUUGAAUAGCGGAGGCAGAGAGGAUAGACGAAAGGCUUAUGAGCUCAAGAUGAAAGCUGCUAGGAAGGGCUCCGCUCAGCCAAUUCAGGAGAGCAUCAAGGCUGGAGACAGAAAUCCAGACACUUUCAGCGCAAGACCAGGCACUUCCUCGCCACAAGCGGAUAUUUCAUCUGCCCCCAUCGUCAAGCCUGCUGCUCCGGCCGCCGAAGCAAAGUCGCAGAUCAGUGAUAAAGAAACACAGGAGCUGGCAGAUGCCAUGGCCGCUGAUGCUACUGCCGCUGCCUCUCCGGCCGUCGAGUCGGAAAAGCCUAGCACUCCUUACCAGUUACGCGAAUCUGCUGUGCCAUCUUCUCGCUUCGGAAGACUUUGGCAGUACGGCGGCUUGGCUACGAGUAUGGCCUUUGGUGCUGUGGGCGAAAGCUUGCGACGAGUGACCGGAGGCGCUGCAGCUGCUGCUAGUGGCUCGCUCCUCCUCAGUCCUGCCAAUAUGGAGAGACUCGUAGCCAAGCUUUCCCGCAUGCGAGGUGCAGCUCUUAAGCUUGGUCAGAUGAUGAGCUUCCAGGACUCUAAGAUGUUGCCCCCUGCAAUCAAUGCUGUGCUUCAGCGCGUACAGGAUAGCGCUGAUUACAUGCCUCCAUGGCAACGUAACAAGCAACUUGCUGCCAACCUAGGCGCCGAUUGGAAGGAUCUGUUCUCAAGCUUCGAAGACGUGCCCAUUGCUGCUGCUUCCAUCGGUCAAGUCCACCGCGCUACCUUGGCAUCCAAUGGUCGCGCAGUUGCAGUCAAGAUUCAAUACCCUGGUGUCCGUGGUAGCAUCGACUCCGACCUUAAUAAUCUCUCUCUUCUCCUCACGGCGUCACGCCUUCUACCUCCUGGUCUCUUCCUCGACAAGACCAUCGCCAACGCUCGCACAGAGCUAGGCUGGGAGUGCGAUUACGCACGUGAAGCCGAAUGCGGUACUCGCUUCGCUUCUCUCCUCGAGGACGAGCAUACUACCUUCCGUGUCCCAAAAGUCUUCUCCGAAGCUUGUGGCCCUGAGGUACUUACAGCCGAACUUAUGCACGGCAAAGGUGUGACCAAGAUUCCUGAUCUUUCUCAAGAUGAGAGAGACUGGAUCGGUACACAAGUAUUGCGUCUCUGUCUGCGCGAACUCAUGGAAUGGAGAUUCAUGCAGACCGAUCCCAACUGGACCAACUUUCUCUACAAUAGAGGCAAUGCUCCUUCCGAGCGCAGAUUGGAGUUGUUGGACUUUGGUGCCUCAAGAGAGUUCCCUGAGAGCUUCGUGACGCCAUAUGUGCAGUUGCUCAUCGCAGCUUCCACCCACGACCGUGACGCCUGCCGCGACCUUUCUAUCAAGCUAGGCUACCUUACCGGUGCAGAAAGUCAGGCCAUGCUUACUGCUCAUGUGGACUCUAUCCUCACGCUUGCUGAGCCCUUUGACUCUGGUAGAGCGGGCGACUACUACGAUUUCAAGAACCAGACCAUCACCGAUAGAGUAAGGGAGAAGAUUGGUCUGAUGGUUAGAGAGAGACUGGCACCGCCACCUGAAGAGACAUACUCGCUGCACAGAAAAUUGAGUGGUGCAUUCUUGCUUUGUGCUAGGUUGGGAGCUAAUGUGCCAGCGAAGAAGCUGUUUGGUGAUGCGGUUGCAAAGUGGAAGGAGAGUCAUGGUGAGAAGAACUAG